GGGGAGCGGCAGCCGGCGGGCGGCGGCGGGCACCGGCAGCGCUAGCAGGUACCGGCGGCUGAGGUGGUGAGGCCGCCCCCGGGGGCGAGCGGGCAGGCGGGGAGUCCGGCCCGCCGCGCCCCUAUGCUGCGGUGAGCGUUCGUGCUUGGCGCACUUGUCUCCCCGCAGCACCAGCCCGGGCCAGCCAGCUCUCCCCGCCCCGCCACCUCGGGCCCUACCUGCGGCCGCCGUCGGGGGAGGGGGGUCCCCCCAGCUCUGCGGAGCCGCAUGAACAAUAGGCGGCGGCGGCUCCUGCGGGCGGCGACAGCCCCGCACCCUAUGGAUCGGCCGCUCCAUGGAGCCCUCCAGAGCGCUUCUCGGCUGCCUGGCGAGCGCCGCCGAUGCCGCCCCGCCUGGGGAGAAUGGAACUGGGGCCGGGGCCGAGGAGGAGGAGGAAGAAGAGGAGGAGGCGGCGGCGGCGGCGGCCCCCGGGGAGCUGGGCUCCGAAGCACCGUUGCCCUACUGGACGGCCGUGUUCGAGUACGAGGCGGCGGGAGAGGACGAGCUGACCCUGCGGCUGGGCGACGUGGUGGAGGUGCUGUCCAAGGACUCCCAGGUGUCCGGCGACGAGGGCUGGUGGACCGGGCAACUGAACCAGCGGGUGGGCAUCUUCCCCAGCAACUACGUGACUCCGCGCAGCGCCUUCUCCAGCCGCUGCCAGCCUGGAGGCGAGGACCCCAGUUGCUACCCGCCCAUUCAGUUGUUAGAGAUUGAUUUUGCGGAGCUAACCCUGGAAGAGAUUAUUGGCAUUGGGGGCUUUGGGAAGGUCUAUCGUGCUUUCUGGAUAGGCGAUGAGGUAGCCGUGAAAGCAGCUCGCCACGACCCCGAUGAGGACAUCAGCCAGACCAUAGAGAACGUUCGCCAAGAGGCCAAGCUCUUCGCCAUGCUGAAGCACCCCAACAUCAUUGCUCUUAGGGGUGUGUGUCUGAAGGAACCCAACCUCUGCUUAGUCAUGGAGUUUGCUCGCGGAGGGCCUUUGAAUAGAGUGUUAUCUGGGAAAAGGAUCCCCCCGGACAUCCUGGUGAACUGGGCUGUGCAGAUCGCCAGAGGGAUGAACUACCUACAUGAUGAGGCAAUCGUCCCCAUCAUCCACCGCGACCUUAAGUCCAGCAACAUACUGAUCCUGCAGAAGGUGGAGAAUGGAGACCUGAGCAACAAAAUACUGAAGAUCACUGAUUUUGGCCUGGCUCGGGAAUGGCACCGAACCACUAAGAUGAGUGCAGCAGGGACUUAUGCCUGGAUGGCUCCUGAAGUCAUUCGUGCCUCUACGUUUUCCAAAGGCAGUGACGUGUGGAGCUAUGGGGUGCUGCUUUGGGAGCUGCUGACUGGCGAGGUGCCCUUCCGAGGUAUCGAUGGCUUAGCAGUGGCUUAUGGAGUGGCCAUGAACAAACUUGCCCUUCCUAUACCUUCUACCUGCCCAGAACCUUUUGCCAAACUCAUGGAAGACUGCUGGAAUCCUGACCCCCAUUCACGACCAUCUUUCACGAGUAUCCUGGACCAGCUAACCACCAUAGAGGAGUCCGGUUUCUUUGAAAUGCCCAAGGACUCCUUCCACUGCCUGCAGGAUGACUGGAAACAUGAGAUUCAGGAGAUGUUUGACCAACUCAGGGCCAAAGAAAAGGAGCUCCGCACCUGGGAGGAGGAGCUGACGCGGGCUGCACUCCAGCAGAAGAACCAGGAGGAGCUGCUCCGGCGCCGGGAGCAGGAGCUGGCCGAGCGGGAGAUCGACAUCCUGGAAAGGGAGCUCAACAUCAUCAUCCACCAGCUGUGCCAGGAGAAGCCCCGGGUGAAGAAACGCAAGGGCAAGUUCAGGAAGAGCCGGCUGAAGCUCAAGGAUGGCAACCGCAUCAGCCUUCCCUCUGAUUUCCAGCACAAAUUCACGGUGCAGGCCUCCCCAACCAUGGAUAAAAGGAAGAGUCUUAUCAGCAGCCGCUCCAGUCCUCCUGCAAGCCCCACCAUCAUUCCUCGCCUUCGAGCCAUCCAGUUGACACCAGGUGAAAGCAGCAAAACCUGGGGCCGGAGCUCAGUCAUCCCAAAAGAGGAAGGGGAAGAGGAGGAGAAGAGGGCCACAAAGAAGAAGGGACGAACAUGGGGGCCAGGGACACUUGGGCAGAAGGAACUUGCCUCAGGGGAUGAAGGAUCCCCUCAGAGGCGUGAGAAAGCUAAUGGCUUAAGUACCCCAUCAGAAUCUCCACAUUUCCACUUGGGCCUCAAAUCCCUGGUAGAUGGAUACAAGCAGUGGUCGUCCAGUGCCCCCAACCUGGGAAAGGGCCCGAGGAAUAGCCCGGCACUGCCAGGGUUCACCAGCCUUAUGGAGAUGGUUCUCCAGGCUCUCUCUCAGGUGAUUCCUCUCAUCUGCACAGAGGAUGAGGACAGCGAAGGCCCAAGGAGUGGAGAGAGUCGUCUACAGCAUUCACCUAACCAGUCCUACCUCUGUAUCCCAUUUCCUCGAGGAGAGGAUGGGGAUGGCCCCCACAGUGAUGGAGUCCAUGAGGAGCCCACCCCAGUCAACUCAGCCACCAGUACCCCUCAGCUGACACCAACCAACAGCCUCAAGCGCAGCAGUACCCAUCACCGCCGCUGUGAGGUGGCUCUGCUUGGCUGUGGGGCUGUCCUGGCAGCCACAGGCCUAGGGUUUGACUUGCUGGAAGCUGGCAGGUGCCAGCUGCUUCCCCCAGAGGAGCCCGAGCCACCAGCCCGGGAGGAGAAGAAGAGGCGCGAAGGUCUUUUCCAGAGGGCCAGCCGUCCUCGACGGAGCACCAGCCCCCCUUCCCGAAAGCUCUUCAAGAAGGAAGAACCCAUGCUGCUGCUGGGGGACCCCUCCGCUUCCCUGACGCUGCUCUCUCUCUCCUCCAUUUCUGAGUGCAACUCCACCCGCUCCCUGUUGCGCUCCGACAGCGAUGAGAUCGUGGUGUAUGAGAUGCCAAUCAGCCCCGUCGAGGCCCCGCCCCCGACCCCAUGCACCCACAACCCCCUGGUCAAUGUCCGUGUGGAACGCUUCAAGAAAGACCCUAACCAGUCCCUGACUCCCACCCAUGUCACCCUCACGGCCCCCACACAGCCGAGUGGUCACCGGCGGACUCCUUCUGAUGGAGCCCUUAAGCCUGUAGCUCUCCAAGCUAGCAGGAGCCCCUCCAGCAAUGGGUUGAGCCCCAGUCCUGGAUCAGGAAUGUUGAAAACCCCCAGUCCUAGCCGAGACCCAGGUGAAUUCCCCCGGCUCCCUGACCCUAAUGUGGUCUUUCCCCCAACCCCAAGGCGCUGGAACACACAGCAGGACUCUACCUUGGAGAGACCCAAGACUCUGGAGUUUCUGCCUCGCCCACGUCCCUCUGCCAAUCGGCAAAGGCUAGACCCUUGGUGGUUCGUGUCCCCCAGCCAUGCCCGCAGCGCCUCCCCAGCCAACAGCUCCAGCACAGAGACACCCAGCAACCUGGACUCCUGCUUUGCUAGCAGCAGCAGCACUGUGGAGGAGCGGCCUGCACUUCCAGCCCUGCUCCCAUUUCAGGCAGGACCGCUGCCCCCCGCCGAGCGGACGCUUCUGGACCUGGACGCAGAGGGGCAGAGUCAGGACAGUACCGUGCCGCUGUGCAGAGCUGAACUGAACACACACAGGCCUACUGCUUAUGAGAUCCAGCAGGAAUUCUGGUCUUAGCGUGAAAAGGGGCAUGGGCAGGCAAGGGGGAAGCAGGAGGAGAUGGAGGGAGCUGGCUGGCACAGCCCUUUCUCAGAGUUGGACCCCCUGAGAUCCAGCCCUACUUCUUGCACUGAAAAUGCACUUUGAAGAUGGAAGGGAUGGAAACAGGGCCACUUCAGAGGGUCUCCUGCCCUGCAGGGCCUUUCUACUCAUGUCCACUGGAGGGGCUGCGGCCAUCAGCUCUGGCUGUGUAGGGGAGGGAGGGGCGCAUGCAUGUCCCCCACCCUCCACAGUCUUCCUCGCCUUUAGGGUGACCCUGCAGAGUCAUCCAGCCAAAUCUGUCUGCUGCUUCUUCUCCUCAGCCAGUUGGGUUUGCCCAGAGUUGGCCUAGGGGGGGUCCCUUUGUUAGCCCUGAGUUCAACCUUCCCACACACCAGUAUUGGAUGUUCUGUGAUUGAUUUUGCUACUCGUCCACUCCCCCUCAGCACCUGUGAAUUGGAAUCUUAUUUGAUGUGAGAUGUGAGCUAUCCUGUGUCCCAAGCCCUUUUGUGCCAGCUGAGGACUGGGGGCAAGGUAGCCCAGUGUGGAAGCAUAAGGGCGGACGGACCUGUCACUA